ACCUAUUAUCGGCACAAGCUCAUACAUCCGUUUCUUAUGAAAGAUGGGACCUCCAGAUUAUAGUAAAAUUGCUAUUGGUGUUUCUGCAGCAACCGGCAUUGUUUUGGUGUCAUUUCUUUUGCUUAAAAAAUUUGGCUAUAAAGAUAAACCAAGCAAGCCAACCAGAAAAAACAUUAGCGGGGAUGAAACAGAAACAAAAUUCGUAGGAGACAAUGCUGAAUUUGAUUCUCAGCCAGACAAUGAGCCAGAGGAAGCUGAACAAUUUCUGGCUGAUAUAUCAGAAGAAUCAAAGCAGCUAAGUGAUUUCCAUGAAGGAACAUGUGAGGAAGCUGGACAGAACCAACACAGUUUUAUUGUACUAGAUAAUGAAAGAGUUGAACUGCCAGACAGUAUCAACAAGCACAAAAAAUCAGAUCGAAGUAGUGAUGAAAGCUCCUAUGAUGUUAUUGAUGAUGACAGACUCGGGGAAACAGCAGAUGAGGUAGCUGGCGCAGAGGAGGAAGAAAAAGGAGACAUCAACAACCAGGCAGUCUUUGAUGCUGGGAAAGAAGAAGAAAUAAGCUCUGAAAGACUUGAAGAAAACUUAACAGAUCCUAUUGAAACAAGCAUGGUUGUCAUUGAAGAAUCAAAUCAAAAUUGUAGUGAAACCUCUGGACUGUCCUUGUUUCCUAAUUCUGGUGAGAGUUUGUUUGCAAGUGGAGAAGCCAGUGCUAUAUUGUCAGGAGAAAUGCUGGACAUGAAGGAGAUAGUUGAAGACCCACCAUCAGAAGAUGAGAUAGUCAAGGAAGAUGUUUAUAUACUUGAUGCAGAGCAGACACUCCUGUACUCGUCAUUUGAGGGAAAAAAUGAGUCUAAUGUGGGUGAUGGUGAAGCAGAUUUAAGUGUAGUUUCAGGAGAGCCAGCUGAAGUAGAUGACUCAAAAGAACCAUCUACAGAAGUGGAAACUAGUGAGGCCGCUAAAUUGGAUCCACCUGUGCAAGAGGCUGUCCAGUCCUUAGAAACAAUAGAAUCAAGUGUACCAGUUGCCAAUGUGGAGUCUGUGGAGAUAUCUAAAGUACUUGAUAAGUGCCAGAAUUCUCCAAUGAAUGUAACAAAAGCUGAAAUCUUCAGUCUUGUAGAUCAGUUGCGUCAGGAUAGUCCUGUUUUACAAGGCACUGUCUUGGAUUCCCUGGUUAGAAUUGCUGCUUUUACUCAAAAUAUUAACAGUAUCAGAGAGAGUGGUUGCCCUUCUGAGAUCACAAGACAGAUACAGAAGUAUUGUAAAUCCUUUGCUGAUGGUGAUUCAGGCACAGAAACUCUAUUGGUUUCAACAAGUCAAGUCUUGACUAAUCUCAGCAUGGACCCUAAAACCCAGCAGGAACUUGGGGAUUCUGUGCCAGCACUCAUUGAUCUUCUGCUACAUGACAACUUGAAUGACAACAUCAGGCUGAAUGCUUUACGUCCCCUUAUCAAUCUCUCCACAGAGAACACAUAUCAGGAUAGCUAUAAGCGCUUCAUCCCCACUUUAUUUGCAAUGCUAGAUUCUGGCUCACAUAUGGUUAAAGUUCAGAGUCUGAAAGUUCUUGUAAACCUUUCAGUUAAUGAAGAACUGGUACCUUAUCUACUGGCUGCUAAGGCACCAGAAAAGCUUUUAGAAUUGCUAGAUAGACCAUCACAAAAUGAUGUCAUCCUACGAGCUGUGACCAUGCUGGCUAACAUCCACAGUGUUAUUGACCAGAAUAAACUGACUGCUAUCUCCUUGCCUGUUGAUGAGAAAGUCGAGUCACCUGAGACUUUGUUUAUGAAACUGACUGGCCUUGAUCUGGUGAGCAACCUGCGUAGCAAAGUUUUUCGCUUGACUAGACAUGAUGAUGAAGAUAUUUGCUACCAGGCAUCCAAAUUAUACAAGUACAUAGCUGAACCUAGCACUUGAUCAUCGUCAAUCUUGCUUUAAUAUAUACAAUACUUUGAGUGUCAGUGCAUGUGUGUUUUUUGAUUGAUUGUUUUAACCCUUUCAGUAUCAACAGAACAUUUGUCUGCUAGUUAAACAGAUAUAAACAGUAUCCUAUGUAUGUUACGUUUUUUAAAAUCUUUUUCUACAACUGUGAAGGAAUGAAAAUUUAGGCUUUUUUGGAACUGAAAGAGUUAAAACAAAGUUUAGUUUUUCAAAUAUAAAAGAUUACGAUCCAUAGAUUUUAAAUAGGUUUGCAUUUCCUUUUUAGUUUUAUUUUUCUUUUCUUACACUAUUUUAAAAAGAAAGUAACAUAAUUUAUUUGACAUCAGCCAGAUGAAUUUCCUAUUUCUUUUUGAGUAAACAAGAACAAGGCAUUUGGAAAACGAAUAAGGAUUUUCAGAAACUAGUUUUUGUAUCAGAAAUUUUUUUUGCCUCAUCUAAUACUAAUAAAUAAAUAAAUAUAUAUAUAUAAAUUUCUGAUAUGUUAAAUUGGGUGGGUUUCUCUUUUUGUUUCUUUAUUUGGUCUGGUUGUUUGUAUGGAGAGUUGAGCAAGAGAACCUGUGGUCCACUGGAUUUUGUACCAAAGCACAAACAGUUGGAUGGAUUUUGUUUUUCUCAAUAAUGUGGUUUAGACCAAGAGAGAAAAUUUUGUUUUUAUUGUUGAAUCCAGUCUUUCAUUUCAGAUUAAAAGAUGUUAUUAAGCAAUAUGAUCUAAAGAAAUGUAAAACAUUCAGGGAAAUGACAAACUUGUACUUAGGAAUGUAGAUACCUUCGUCUUUAGAUGUUUUACCUGCUUUAUUUACUUACAAGUAAAUGAUUACAUUUUUGUCACAUUUUCAAAUCUCUCUUAUUCAGGACUAAAUAAUGAUUUAUUAUAAAAUUUCUAUUCCAUUUCUAGUUUAUUCAUUGCUACAGUUCAUUAAGAAAGUAUUAUAUUCAUUUUACUCAAUAUGCCAAUGUAUUGCUUGCCAAGAUUAAUGAUAAUCUAGUUUUAAGUCACACUUGUAACCUUUAGAUAAAAGAUACAUCUGUUCUAGCAUAAUGCUGAUUUCAAAACUAUUUAUUCUUUAAAAUUUUAAGUUAUUUUUUCCUUUCUUUUAGAAUUUUCAAGGGUGUUAAACACCUUUUAAAGAAAAAAUAAUUUACUUCUGUUUAAGGGUUGUCCAUAUAAUUUUUUAUUGUUAAAAAAUUCCAUACUGAUGUUCCCUUAACUUCUCAAUUUGGUUCUUAAUUUUUUUUGGAUCUUUUCUGAAAUAACUGAGCUGGGUCAAAUAUAUGUACUUUGAUCAAUAUCAAUUAUUACAAAUUACUAGUCUAUUAUAAAUACGAAAUUACUGCUAAAUUUAUUUUAUGAACAACCCCUAGAUUUGUCAUGUGCUCAUUAGUGAAUGAAGUAUAUGCUAAAUUGGUUCACAACUUCAUUAUCAUUAAGACUAUAAUAAGCUUAUUUAUAGCGUUUGGAUUAAAUACAAUUAUGUAACUU